UUUGUAGGCUAGCCUGGGAGACUUGAGGAGUGGCCCUCCCUGAGCUUCCAGUCCCAGAGACUACGGCCUCUGCUCCAGGCGGUAACCCUUACACUGGGGGCCAUGGGUCGGAUCUCGGGACUCGUGCCCUCUCGCUUUCUGACGCUCCUGGCGCAUUUGGUGGUCGUCAUCACCUUAUUUUGGUCGCGGGACAGCAACAUCCAGGCCUGCCUGCCUCUCAAGUUCACCCCUGAGGAGUAUGAAAAGCAGGACAUGCAGCUGGUGGCAGCGCUCUCUGUCACCCUGGCCCUCUUUGCAGUGGAGCUGGCCGGUUUCUUCUCAGGAGUUUCCAUGUUCAACAGCACCCAGAGCCUCAUCUCCAUUGCGGCUCACUGUAGUGCAUCUGUGGCCCUAUCCUUCUUUGUGUUUGAGCGUUGGGAGUGCACCACGUACUGGUACAUUUUUGUCUUCUGCAGUGCCAUCCCAGCCGUCACCGAAAUAGCAUUAUUCAUCAGCGUCUUUGGGCUGAAAAAGAAACCUUUCUGAUACCUUCGUGACUGGAAGGAGGGAUGAAGGCUGGAGAAGCGAGGGACCACUCACCAUUCCUGGAAGAAGGAAACCAUAGACUUCAGCCCUCCCCCUAAAACUGCAUUUGGUGGAGGAUAUCAGUGUUAGGGUAAUUGUCUCUCGAGUCUGGAGUUAUGAGUUUUGUUUACACUUCUUCGUAAAAAAAUAUAUUUUAGAGUAAGAUCAAGACUUACUGGAAUUCCGUGGCAGUACAGUGGUUAGGACUCCGCGCUUCCACUGCAGGGGGCGCGGGUUCGAUCCCUGGUCGGGGAACUAAGAUCCCGCAUGCCGCGCAGCAUGGCCAAAAAAAAAAAA